AUCGUACAAGCCAUCUGGACCACCUGGUUAGAUCUGCAGAUAAACACACACCACUCCUUUCAUUUCUAGUAGAAGUCACGCGCAGAAGGCUUAUGUUCUACAGCACCACUAAAAUAAUAAGCUGUGUGAUUAUCGAAUUCCUUGUAGUUACUAGAUGGUAGAUACCAGGGAGAGUGGAAGCUGAAAAGGCUCAAGCUCUGCCACUCUCUGCUAUGCUCCAUACCUGCAUCUUCACCUUUCUUUAUAAAGAAAGAUUAACUAUGUGAGAGAAACUUAUACCUCCUUUUUACAGAAGAGAUAGAAAGAGAGAGAAGCAGGGAGAGUUGAAGAAGGGAGAGAAACAUAGAGAGGCACAUGGAGUUGUGGGCAAGGAGGAAUGAGCCCAAUAGAACCCUGUGAAUCCAGAAUGCAAAAGGCGCAUGUAGCGAUACCUCCUUAGAGGAAAAUGAUGAAGAGGACUCCUAAAAGAGAGAACUUCAAAGAGAACUCUUUAGUCUUUAGAGGAAAAAUAGAGUUCUAGAGUGAGGAAGAGCAAAGAAAGGGGGAGUUUUGGGUUCUAUAAGAGACGGACACUGUCAAGCUGAUGUGACAAGAAGUGCCUCUUUCGGAUUCUUCUCAAGAGCGCCAUUGAGGUUUCUGCCCCGCAAUGCUUUACCUUUAUUGCGUUUCAUCUCAGUGAGCAAUGGAGGGCGAGAGGGUUGUGUUAGGUAUUGUUCUUGCUUUGCUUCUCGCUGAGGGCUUCUGCUUCGCUGGCGGCGGGAAAACGCCUGUGAACGACGGAUCAACAUUAUUAGAAAUCAAGAAAUUGUUUAGCAAUGUUGAUGACAUUCUGUAUGAUUGGACCAACGCAACAUCCUCAGACUUUUGCUCUUGGAGAGGAAUCACUUGUGACAGCUUAAAUCUUGAUGUCCUUUCACUCAACCUGUCUGGCUUAAACCUUGAUGGGGAGAUCUCAUCAGCAAUUGGGAAUCUCAAAAGCCUCAUCUCAAUUGACCUAAAAUCCAACCGGCUCUCUGGCCAAAUUCCAGAUGAGAUUGGUGAUUGCUCUUCAUUGAAGAUAUUGGAUUUGUCAUCUAAUAACAUCCAUGGAGAUAUACCAUUUUCCAUAUCAAAAUUAAAGAAAUUGGAGACCCUAAUUUUGAAGAGCAACCAGUUGUCAGGACCCAUCCCCUCAACCCUUUCUCAAAUUCCUAAUUUGAAAAUUUUGGACCUGGCGCAGAACAAUUUGAGUGGAGAAAUACCCAGGCUUAUUUACUGGAAUGAAGUGUUGCAGUACCUUGGAUUGAGAGGAAACAAUUUGGAUGGAAGCCUUUCUCCUGAUAUGUGCCAGUUGACAGGGCUGUGGUACUUUGAUGUAAAGAACAAUAGCCUAACUGGGAGCAUACCUCAAAGUAUCGGUAACUGUACAAGCUUUCAAGUUUUGGAUUUGUCAUACAAUCAAUUUACUGGAGAGAUUCCCUUCAAUAUUGGGUUUUUGCAAGUAGCUACUUUAUCAUUGCAAAAUAACAAGUUUACAGGACCCAUUCCUUCUGUUAUUGGGCUAAUGCAAGCUCUUGCAGUUCUAGAUCUGAGUUGUAACCUCCUAAGUGGACCAAUUCCUCCAAUAUUGGGUAACUUGACAUACACUGAGAAGCUGUACUUGCAGGGAAAUAAAUUGACCGGGUUAAUUCCACCUGAGCUUGGUAACAUGACAAGGCUGCAUUACUUGGAAAUAAAUGAUAACCAGCUUAUGGGGUGCAUUCCAACUGAACUUGGGAAGCUAACAGACUUAUUCGACCUGAACAUUGCGAACAAUUAUCUCGAAGGGCCAAUUCCUGACAACUUGAGCUCCUGUUUGAACUUGAAUAGCUUGAAUGCUCAUGGUAACAAGCUCAAUGGUACCAUCCCACGCUCAUUUAAGAAUCUGGAGAGCAUGACAUAUUUAAAUCUAUCAGCAAAUAACCUGAAGGGUCCCAUACCUAUUGAACUAUCAAGAAUUGGGAACCUGGAUACACUUGACAUAUCAUCUAAUCUGAUCAGUGGCCCGAUUCCUUCCUCCAUUGGUGAUCUGGAACAUCUUCUCAAACUAAAUUUGAGCAACAAUUAUCUUUUUGGUUACAUACCGCCGGAACUCGGAAACUUGAGGAGUAUCAUGGAGAUUGAUCUAUCAAGCAAUCAUCUCUCUGGUUUGAUUCCCCAGGAAUUUGGAUUGCUACAAAAUCUCAUGCUGUUGAGAAUCGAACACAACAAUUUAUCUGGUGAUAUAAUGUUUCUAACCAACUGCCUCAGCCUUUCUGUUCUAAAUGUUUCCUACAACAAUUUGGUUGGAGAUGUCCCAACUUCCGAUAACUUUUCCCGAUUCUCGCCCCAAAGCUUUAUAGGUAAUCCUGGUCUAUGUGGCUAUUGGCCUGGUUCACAGUGUCAUUUCUCUAAAGCACCAGAGAAAACGACGAUUUCCAAAGCUGCGAUUUUGGGAAUUGCUUUGGGAGGUCUAGUCAUCCUUCUAAUGAUUUUGUUUGCCGCAUGCAAACCACACAAUCCGCCAUCAUUUUCUGAUAGCCCCUUGCAUAAACCAGUUUCUAAUGUUUCGCCAAAACUAGUGAUCCUACACAUGAACAUGGCACUUCAUCUCUAUGAUGAUGUGAUGAGAAUGACUGAGAACUUAAGUGAGAAAUAUAUCAUAGGAUAUGGAGCGUCAAGCACAGUUUAUAAGUGUGUGCUUAAGAACUGCAGGCCAGUAGCCAUCAAGCGGCUCUACUCGCAUUACCCCCAAAGCGUCAAGGAAUUUGAGACGGAAUUGGAGACGAUAGGAAGCAUCAAACAUCGAAAUUUAGUUAGCCUCCAAGGAUACUCCUUAUCGCCUUUCGGUAACCUCCUCUUUUAUGACUAUAUGGAGAAUGGAAGCCUCUGGGAUCUUCUCCAUGGUCCUUUGAAGAAGAAAAAGCUUGACUGGGAAACAAGGUUGCAAAUAGCCUGUGGAGCAGCCCAAGGGCUGGCUUAUCUUCACCAUGACUGCAGUCCCCGGAUCAUUCACAGGGAUGUUAAGUCUUCAAAUAUCCUUCUAGACAAAGAUUUUGAGGCUCAUCUCACUGAUUUUGGUAUAGCUAAGAGCUUGUGUGUAAACAAGGCACACACAUCCACUUAUGUGAUGGGUACAAUCGGCUAUAUUGAUCCUGAGUAUGCCAGGACUUCCCGUCUCAAUGAGAAAUCUGAUGUUUACAGCUAUGGAAUUGUCCUUCUUGAGCUCCUCACUGGGAAGAAGGCAGUGGACAAUGAAUGCAACCUGCACCAGCUGAUCCUGGCUAAGGCCGCAAAUAAUGCAGUGAUGGAGACCGUCGAACCGGAUAUUACUGCCUCUUGCAGUGAUCUUGGUGCCAUAAAGAAAGUUUUCCAGUUAGCUCUCCUCUGCACCAAGAAGCAGCCCUCCGAUCGACCAACCAUGCAUGAGGUGGCUCGUGUACUAAGCUGCCUCGUCACACCGAAUCUGCCUCGAGCAGCAAAGCCGCCACCUUUGCAGUCCUCACUGCCAUCAACUUUGCCCAGCUACAUCAAUGAGUAUGCAUCCCUCAAGAACACUGCUGCUCUGACCUGUAAUGCCUCGCAAAGUUCCUCCGAUGCCCAGCUCUUCCUAAAGUUUGGUGAAGUGAUUUCUCAGAAUACUGAGUAAAGAAAGGUGUAAAAUCAUGGCUGUGAACUUUUUUUGGCUUCCUCUUGUAAUUCUACUUUAGAGAGGGCAGCAAUGCAGGCUAGUAUUUCUGUGAAGUAGAAGAUUGAUUAGUCAGUAGUGUAUGUAGUUGUUAUAAAUUUAUGCCAUUUUCUAGCUCAAUUGAAGUUCUCAAACCAAAUCAAAGAUCCGACUAAUGAGGUUGGCUUAGCUAAUCACAUUGAUAUAUACAGCCACGCACGGAAUGUUUUUAA